UUAUUGUAGGUACAGUGGUUAAGUCAUCAACAUGUUUCCUAUUGUGAAGAGACAUCCAGUGAUGAGAUGGCGGACUUCAUAGUCUUCUGGCUUCAUAGCAUAAGGAGCUGCCUCAUGUGUGAGAUCACCAACACCUUUCAUGGGAGGAAAUGGCCAAGCACCAUAGAGCGGCUAUGGAGUUUGGUAAUGUGGGUUCAUUCACCUCUUCCUCCCACUCAAGCCCUAAGUGUAAGGGCAAACAGAUCAAGGACUGAUAUGGAGGCGUUUGUCGUCUGUGAAGGAUUCUGGCAUGCAAGUUGCAACAUCAUCCUCCCUUUUGAUCUGAAUGUAAGGACGAAGCAUGCCCAAGCCAGAGGACAACCUGAUUGGCUUCUGCUGGUCGAUCCAUGUAACCACACCAGAUGUAACUCUGUAUUCAGUAUUUUAGUAGUGGGAGGAAAACCGCCAUCUGGAGAAGGAAAGCCAAUAAAGCAUCCAAGGUAUCUUAAUCUAAUAAUGUACAUUAACAAAUGUUGGGCCUGUUUUUCAGGAUUGUGGUGUCCGAAGAAGGAAAGAAAUUCGUGCUGCAAACUCUCAUAAAAUGAAAUGUGUGAUUAAUGUUAUUCUUUGUUCAAACUUCAAUUGCGUCUGAUGCUGACAUUCCCAAUUAUCCCUGCUUCAGUUUGUAUUGAGGCAUGUGAAGAAUCUGUUGUGCUAUUUCAAUGGAAUAAACUAUUUUGAAUUUUGGUUU